GUGAUUCAUGGAUUUCUGCCUCAAUGAUCGUUUGUAGCCAGCCGAUCUGCUUACAACGUAACUGUGAAGCGCCGAAGUUGGAACGUGCAUCAACUUGAAAGGCCCGGCGGUCUGUCUCGCUUGCACUAAACAUCUCCACUGGUUUAAGAGCAUUCUUACUCUCUAUCUUUCUGCUCGGCGUGCUUGAGCAUGACAACAGAGUCUUCGGCACCACCAAGUGGUUUUGACACCAGACGCUACAAGCGCGAACUAUGGGGAUGGCUCAGUUACGCGUUUGCGAGCGAAGUUUUCGUCAUCGUUUCCCUCACGCUCUUCCUACCCAUCUGUCUCGAACAAUUCGCAAGAGAUAAUGGCUACCUCCUCCCUGACAAGCAAACACCUUGUUCCGCUGGUGUUUCGCUUUCCAACUCAACGUCUACGCUAUCAGGAAAUGGGACGGAAACGGAGCAGAGAUGUGCUGUGAAAUUAGGUUGGGUGUGGAUUGAUACUGCGAGUUUUAGCCUCUAUGUAUAUUCGAUCUCUGUUGCGCUGCAGGCGUUGACUGUCAUUUCAAUGGGCGGGAUUGCAGACCACCCCCCACAUCGCAAACGUCUGCUCUUCACAUUCGCCUUCCUUGGCUCCCUCUCCGCUAUCCUUUUCUUCUUUCUCCCUUCGUCCUCUCCAGUAUGGCCCCUAUCCGGCCUCUUCGCCAUCUUCGCAAACGUCGGCUUCGGAGCGUCAGUUGUUGCGAUGAACGCAUACCUACCAAUGUUAGCGAAGAACAGCGAGGGAGUUGUAAUGGCAAGGCAGUCUUUGGAUGAGGAGUUAACAAAACGACACAGGGAUACCGGAGGGAUAUUGCCCACGGAAGAAGAAGAGAAUCAUGGUACCAGAGAGGGAGGCGACGAGCAUACCGUUCCACUGCUUUCCGGUUCUUCUGGCCUUAAUGAUAAUUCAACCGACGACCCCCACCUCGCCCAGCUCCACGAGAAAUAUAACACCUCUCUUUCGCGUUCGACUUCACAUAUCUCUUCCCUCGGUAUUGCACUUGGCUAUUCUUCCGGCAUCGCCCUCUUGGCUCUUACUUUAGUUCCCGUUACGCUGCUCAAGGGAUCGACUUUGGUGUUGAGGUGCGCGAUUGGGGCUAGUGGGGUAUGGUGGGCUGUAUUCUCCGUGCCGGCAGUUUGGUGGUUGCUGAGUGGGGAGAAGGAUGACUUCAAUAAAAGAGAUGGAGCAGUGAUGGAGGAUGGCGAGGACGGAUGGGACGUACGAAGUGUAGAGGUGGGUGGCGCACAGAGAGAUGUGAAGGAGGACUGGAGUAUGUGGAGGGAGGUUAUCAGGGCUUGGAAAAGACUGGGUGGGAUGCUGAGGUGGAGGGAAAUCAAGAAAUUGAAGAAUACGUUCAGAUAUCUUGGAGCCUGGUUCUUACUUUCGGAUGGUUUCACGACGAUAACGUCCACUGCCAUCCUCUUCGGGAAAACGACACUCCACAUGUCACCCUCCUCACUCAUCCUCAUCGGAGUACUCACACCGCUCUCAGGCAUCCUGGGCUCGCUACUGUGGCCUGCAUUACAGAGAAAGUUCGGGUGGUCCAACCUCAAGGUUAUAGUGAUACUGGUAGUGAUGGCGAGUCUGAUUCCAGCAUAUGGAUGUCUAGGAUUUUUGAGCGUGCUGAGGGAGAAGGCGAAGUUUGGUGGAUUGACUACAGAGGGAGAGAUGUUUGGGUUGGCGGUUUAUUUCGGUUCAGUCUAUGGUGCAUUCCAAAGCUAUGCAAGGGCGCUCUAUGCAGAGUUGAUACCGCCUGGGGAGGAGGCCAGGUGGUAUGGCCUCUUCUCCAUAACAGACAAAUCCUCGUCCUUCCUCGGUCCUCUCAUCGUCGGUCUCAUAUCAGAUACGACAGGAAAUAUCCGCUAUGCUUUCUUCUUUCUCGUGUUCAUGAUUUGGGCCGCGGUACCACUAUUGGUGAGUGUGGACGUGGAGAGGGGGAGAAAGGAUGCGAGGGGGUAUGUCUUUAAUGCGAGGAGGGCUGCGUAAGGGUUCGUGAUGUGGGUAGGUGGGUCUGAGAGUGUAAGAUAGGCUUGGGUUUCUUGUAUGAUAUCUCAUGGAACUCUUCUUGGAUAUUUGAUGCUCAAUCGAUCUUAUUCGACAUUCCCGAGUAUGAGACCUUGAUCGUCAAUAGUCCACUGGAGCACUGGAG